CGUCACAUAGCAUAGCGGCGAGAGGAAAGAAUCACCAAACAAACCGCGUCCGCGUCGAGUCUCGCUGCUGUCCGGCUCUGGCGUCUCCAAGCUACCCCGUGCAGCUCCUCCACUCCACCACCCCGCGACGCUAAUUAAUUCCAGCUGCAGCACCUGGGUUGGAGGCUAGAGCUUGCAAGCACCACCAGCGAAGAAGUCGUGGCGCGCAUGUGGGCGGCCUCUUCAUCCCGCGUCCCACAGCCACCGCUGCCGUCGUCGUCCUAGAUCCGACAGCCUCACGAGCUCCAUUCCCUCGAGGCCACAGGCCCACAUCCCGGUGUCCCAUCAACAGCAGCGGCGAGUUCUUGCUUGCUGUGUGGGAGGGCGCAAGGCGAUGGCUGCGGGCCGUGGCCUCUUGGUCCUCUUCUUCUCGGCCGCCGUGGUGGCUGGGCUCACCUCUGCGGCGAAUGGUUCUUUCCUGUCCGAUAGCGUCUUCCAGCCGAGCGCCGGAUCUACAGGGAGGAGCUUGCUGCAGGCCAAGAAUAGUUGCCCUGUGAACUUUGAGUUCCUGAACUACACAAUCAUCACAGGCAAGUGCAAAGGGCCAAAGUUUCCAGCCAGCCAAUGCUGUGCGGCACUCAAGGAAUUCGCGUGCCCUUAUUAUAUGUACCUCAAUGAUGAGAGCAACGACUGUGCAUCGACAAUGUUCAGCUACAUCAACCUCUAUGGCAAGUAUCCACCAGGCCUGUUUUCCAGCGAGUGCAAAGAAGGCAAGUUGGGGCUUUCUUGCGCAGAUGUCCCCCAGAAGGACAGUGCCACUGCAAACAGUGGUUAUCACGCUCAAAGCAGCUUGCUUGUGUUGAUUACUGUCUUGAGUGUGGUAGUAGCGUUGUUCCACUGAACUAUAACUUCAUUUUCCCCAAAGAUGGUGUGUUACAGCUGAUGAGGCUUGAGUUGCACCUUUUGGUGCUCAUGAUGGGUUUCCAGGUUCUUCCUUUUAUGUGUAAAAUCUCUCUAAUGUAAUUCAUGGCCUACUGCAUAUUUUUCUGAAUUCGAUUGAUCUGUCAGUGUCAAUGUUAGCUUCCAUCAGUUAACGGUAUCAUUGUAUUGCGGUUGUUGUGUUAAAUUAGGACGAGUAUAUGUAUAUAUAGAUUAUCAGUAUGAAUGGUUUUUGGGUCCUCUGGAAAAAUGUUGUGUUUGCAACUUAUAAAAUAUAUUGUUGCAAUGCCUAA